UCCUACAGUAAAGUUCUAAACACCACACAGUUGAAUAUAUUAGUAUAUUACACUGCCCGACUGCCGUUAUUUGACACACGCGCUCGUCAAUUAUUAUUCGUUAGCAUAAUAUUCUUGAUACUUAUUUUUUAUAUUCUAUUACUCUAAUAAUUUAGAUAUUAUUCAAUAUUUCAAUAUACCGUUAAAAACUAAUAUAUAAAAAUUCCUAAACCUUAGAAACCAUGGCCACUUCUGUAGCGACUAAUCCUUCAACUUUACUUCCACUCGAACUUGUGGAUAAAUGUAUUGGCUCAAGGAUUCACAUCGUAAUGAAAAACGAUAAGGAAAUAGUUGGUACAUUAUUAGGGUUUGAUGAUUUUGUCAAUAUGUUGCUUGAAGACGUAACGGAAUAUGAAUCUACGCCCGAAGGAAGACGAGUAACUAAAUUGGAUCAAAUAUUGUUAAAUGGAAAUAACAUAACAAUGUUGGUACCUGGUGGUGAAAUGCCUGGAGAAUAACAUUUUUAUUGAUACAUUAAAUACGUCAUAAACAUAUAUAAUAUGUUUAACUAUUAAUAAUGAAUUUAAUGUGUAUAUUUCAAGCCUAUUUAAAUUUUUAAGUCUGAAAUAAAAUAAGUUACUCAUUA